AUGUGUUUGGUGUUGGACGUUCAGAGUCAAGAAACACAACAGUACAGCUUGUUUCCUGCCCCUGUACGAUCUAAGACUGUCCAAUGUCCGGUGUGCCGUUCUUCCACCGUGAAUGGGAUUGAAUUGUUGCCAAUCUCUUUUGUUUCGUUGGAAAAAGCGAUUGAGCUGAAGAAAGCGAGUGCGAAAGGGAAUCAUCAGGGCAGAAACCAUGGACGGGAUGAAAUGUCUGACUUCUAUGCCGAGUCUACUUACAUGGUGCUAGCAAACUCGCGGGGUUCCAGUUCUGGCACAAAAAUAUCCGAUCAAGAACAGCAAAGAACCGGUCGAUGGACGGAAGAGGAGAUUGCUUACGUUGAUUUCCUUGUCUCUUCUUUUGACAAAGGUCGACUACCCUUACCACAUGGCAUCAAGUUGAACGAGUUCCUCGGAGAUAUUCUUCUCUGUAAAUCGAGUCGCCUUACCAAGAAAAUGAAGAACGCAAAGUUGAGUACUCGAUCAUUUGUGCUGAGCCGGCCCGAGUCUUCUUCUAUUCGAAGUGACUGUGCGGUUUUGUCUGCGUUGCAAGAGAAGUUCUUGAUGUCCAUCCCUUCCAAAGCGACACAACUAGAGCUACGUUUCAAUAUCGUCAAGCAGUGGAGAACGCACUUUUCAAAUCUAUGCGUCCAAGUGGGCUAUCCAUUCCUCGACAGCACGAACUGGGUGGCCGGUCUCGAAGAAAUGGAUCGCCGAGCAUCACGCGUGGAAGAAAAUGCAAGAAAAGUCAGGCGAAGACAGAUGGGAAUUGCCCUACAAACUGAUGGAGGCGCACGUGCAAAUCCAAGCGUCUUCAUUUCUGGAAUCAAGGCCGAUGCGGUUACAUCAAACACAAGCAUGGAACCUUUUCUACCCGACAACAACAGGCAAAAGAGACGGCGUCUACUCUCAGUGAGUGAAGAAGACGGUCCGUUCCCGGGGGGUAAGGCGGAGGACUUCUUCCCAACCCUCAACACGAGUCUUGAAUCAAACAUGUCUCCGCUGCUACAAAGCCAACCAACUGAUCGUGCUCGAUCUUUCAGUGAAGACUUUGAUGCCGUAUUGAGUGAUUUGAUGGAUCAAGAGGAAGCACCGCAACCAGUCAGCAUGACGAGCCACUCUACAGAAUCAGUAUCAAGUGAAAGAAAUUCAACUUCUUCUCCGAGUCCAUCGUCAUGUGGUCCUUUUCUGGAAGCUGUGACACAUUACAUGGAGACCAGCAACAGCCCAUUUCAACAUGUUGAUGUCUGGGUCCCGAGCUUUUUGCCUCGUGACUCCGAUGGGCCAUCCAAAGCAGUGGAUAUGGAAAAGCUUCGAUUGUUUCAUGCUGGUUAUAGCACUCGUGGGGACAUUGAUAGUUCACUUGCAUAUGCUCUCAACGAAUUUGGCGUCUACAGUGAAAACUUUUCCUUUGAGCCCGGGCAUGGACUCCCUGGCAACGUGUACUCUUCUGGCAAGGCAUCUUGGGCAUCAUAUCUAGAUGAAUGCGAUCCCAAAGUGUUUGAAAGGACUGGGGGUGCCAAGAUCUAUGGAUUGAAAACUGCUCUUGGUAUACCAUUGAAGACUCCAAUGGUUGGUCUAAUUGUUGUUGUGCUGUACAGUACAGUAGUUCUGAAUGAAGACUGGCGACUUGCGCAACAGUGUGCUACCGAGCUCGUCAGACUCUGCCCCGAACCGAAAUGGAAGCUUAUCAUUGACACAAAAGAGUCGAAUGUGGCAACAGGCACCACCAGACCACCGUCCACUAUUCUUGGCACGCUCCAUGAGAGCUCAUCUCAACUGUCGAUGGCGAGCUCUCGACCCGGAACUACUUCUGCUGAAGAGGAGGAAAGGAGCAUCGUAUCUCUUCUCGGAGAGCACAUGCCACUUCACGAAAACCCCGCGGGGGACAUAUCAACAGGAUCCACAAUGCUGCCUCAUUUCAUGUCCAUGAGGCUGACCCUCUUAAGACCAGCCAGUCGGAGAUCUCCUCAAGAAAAUGAUAUGGUUGAGAUUGUGAAGAAUAGCUUCCGGGCAUAUUCGAAAGACAACCGGAGAACUGGCGGAGAGCUUGCUCUCUUGCUUGCAAAAGAUUGGGUUUGUCUCAAACAGUCCAUGGGGGCUUCUUUUGCUGCGCCUUCCCAAAGUCCGCUUGCGCAACCUAUGAGACGUGAUUCAUUCACAGUACCAUCACCACACAGUACAUUGACCGGUGUAUCGCCCUCAAGUUUAUCAGUGAUGAAGACAUCAUCACAAUUUGAGCCACCUCGACCACCUAUGUUGACCUAUGACCAUAGACCGAAUCAAAGAACACCGUCCUUUGGCGAGGGCAACCAAACCUCUCGCAGGUUGUCGGUGGCAAGCGACUCGUCUGCUGCUAGCUUCCUAAAACCUCGUCCCAUUCGUUCCUCGAACAUUGGUUUAGCUCAGGACCCUCAGGUUGUUACACCGAAUAUUAUUUCGGAGGGUUGA